AAAAUAAAGAAGCAAUCGCUGACGACCAGGAAGGCAACUUGUAGAGAAAGGAAGCCAAGUCGCUUACACGAGUUUAACCUUCCGAAAACAAUGGACUUGAUAAUCGGAAGAAAUUACCUAGUUAGAGGAAUAAGAAUAAGAAGAAUCCAAAUCCAAGGAAAAGAAAGGAAUAAGGCAAGAUGUAUGUGAAAACGUGACGAUAGGGAUUAAAAUGGUGAACGAAAGAUGUGGGCUUGUAGUUUUCCUCCCCCAUAAUAAUAAAAAUACAAAAAAGAAGUUGAAUCUCUUCCUGAAAUUCCUCCCCAACCCACCUCUUUAUCAAUAUAUAAAUGCCCUCUCUAAAUACUUUUUCCCUCCAUUCACUCCUCACAUGUUUCCAUCUCAACAAAAUAACAUCAUAUUCUUGUCUACUAUAUAAGCAAAUAUUGUGCUUCAUUUUUUCCCACACUGGCUAGUGCCCAAUACAUACAAUCUUACACACGCAGUGUAGACUAGAAAACGUUUAACCAUUAACCAACUGAGCGUAAAUUACCCUAGCUAGCUCUUUUUCCAUUCUAAAUUCUUUAUCAUUUCCCUUCCUUUGUAAGUUCAAACCCUGCUCCGCUUUUACCAUAAUAUCCUUCUGGGAACAAUCUAAUUCCUGUUUUACCAUUCGCCAUCCACACGUAUUCUUUUAGCCUUUGAAAUGGAAGAGUGUAAAAUCGAGAAAAAGCGAUCCCGAGAGGACUCGGAUCCGGAGUCAAAGCGAGUGCGCAUAGACGUGGAGGAGGUAGUUUUCAACUCGCCCGAGGCGGAUGCCGGUCUAGGUAUGUAUUCGCCGGAGGCCAAGCAGAUCAGAGAAGACAUAUUGGACAUCUUAGAUGAACAGGAAACUUUCACAGACCGUCUACCGGAGGUAAUGAAGAGCUUUGAAGAAGAGAUUGUUCAUCCCUCAGCUCAACAAAACAUUCUCGAUCUCAUGUCAUCAGAUUCAAUAGAUCCUCAACCGGACCUCGGCUAUCUUCAAGAAGCCUCUGACAAUGAACUCGGCCUCCCUCCCACGCUUUCAUCUUUCGAUGACCAUGUUGACGCCAAAAUAAACUUGCUGGAAUCGGAGAACGCAAUUGAAUUUGAGAACGAGUUGCUGCCGAGUCACGAUUCGUUCGAACUCGGAUUGUUUGAUUACCAGGAAUCAUUAGAAUUUUCGCAGUUUUGUCAGUCCAUGCCUGCUUAACGUCUUUGUGGGUUCAUGAGAAUUGUGAAAGAAAUAUAAAUUAGGAAAGUCACAA